AUGUCGUCGCUCGAAGCCAAAAUCGUCGUGCUCGGGUCGCAGGGCGUCGGCAAGACGUCGCUGGUGAUGCGGUACUGCAAAGGCGCUUUCAACCCGUCGCAGAUCACGUCGACGGUCGGCGCGAGCUUCAUGACUAAACGGGUCGUCGACUCGGACACGGACACGGUGGUGCGCCUGCAGAUCUGGGACACGGCCGGGCAAGAACGCUUCCGCUCCAUCUCGCGCCUCUACUACCGCGGCGCCAACGCCUGCAUCCUCUGCUACAGCAUCACGGACGCGCAGUCGUUCGCCGAGAUGGGCAUGUGGCUGACGGAGCUGCGGCGCAACCUGCCGGCCGACAUCGUGCUGCACGUGGUGGGCACCAAGGCCGACAUGGUGGCGCGCGACCCGUCUAAGCGCGAGGUGCCGUUCGAGCGCUGCAUCGCCUAUGUGGCCGAGAACCUGGCGCCCGGCAUGGGGUCGACGCCGCCACCCACGGCCACCCCGCUCUACGUCGCCGGCACCAACUCGGGCAGCGGCGGCGGCGGCGGCGGUGAACCCCGCUCGCCCAGCAGCAAGCGCAGCUCGGGCUUCUGGGGCCAAGAGGCCGGGUGGGACGCGUGCCACGAGAUCUCGGCCGAGAGCGGCGAGGGCGUCGAGGAGGUGUUCCGCGUGGUGACGCGCAAGCUGGUCGAGCAGAACCGCAAGAUGCAGCAGGCCCUGCUCCUAGCGGCCGGCACCCCCGGCGCCGGCGGCGAGACUCCAUGGAGCUACUACGGCAGCAGCGGCAUGCCCGCGAGCGGCUUCCUGUCCGCGAGCGCCGGGCCCGAUGGCGCUGGCGGGCCUGGCGGUGGGGGAGGCGGCCCGGCCGCGGGAUACUUUGACGCCGCCAAUGCCCGCGGCAGCUUCCGCGUCGGCAGGGACCGCCGCAGCUGGCUGCUGUUCUCGCCUGCGCUGACAUCGACGGACGAGGGCGCUGCUGCUGCUGCUGCUGCUGCUGCUGACGGGAGGAAUCAAGAAGGCCUCGACGGGCGAGGGCUUGUUAGGGGGAGGAGGAAAUGCUGCUGA